GAAGUUCUCGUUUUAUUAUUUUAUAAAGGGAUAAAUUCAGUUCGGGAAUUUGUUAAAAUAGCGAUUCAACGAAAUUGGAAAAUUGUAGCACAUGAACAGUUUUAUGUUCCUCGAAACGCAUUAGAGAGUGUAGAUGCAGACAGUCAGUUGCGUUCCAUCAGAAGCAAAGGUGCUAGGAUUAUUAUUCUCAGUUGCUUAGCAGAACAUGCCAAAGUUGUAUUGGCAGAGGCUAAGAAUAAAGGCAUGACCCAACGUGGAUGGGUUUGGAUAGUUACGGAUGGUGUCACGACAGAUAACUUGCUAUUCGAAGACGCAUGUGACAGACCAGGAUCCCAUCUAGUGGGGUUGAUUGGAACCCGACCCACAAUAUCCGGAGGGGAGUUAUAUGAGACAUUUUUAGAAAAGUGGACAGAAAUUCAAGGAACUGAUGAAAACAUGCCAAACUGUACAUUAGAUUAUCCGGUAGAUGCAAUGUUGAUUUACGACGCAGUACUCGCGACAGCGUAUGGUCUCAACGACUUCAUUAUUGCUGGGAACGAAAUUGAAAUGAAGCAAUUUCCAAAUAGAUUAUGUUCAAUGGAAAUCAUCAAACCUUGGUAUCAGGGAGAACUUGUGAUGGACUAUAUAAGUAAUACAUCUGGUCCCGGUGUAAUGAACAUGAUAGCGUUUGAUAAAUACCGCACACCUGAUAUCGGGGGAUACGACAUUGUAAAUAUGCAUUCAAAGGGUUUUAGAAAGAUUGGUGAAUGGUAUUCAGAAGGCAACUUUACUUUCUUCAAUGAACCAGCAAUAGAGUUUAUGGGAAGGUCAUCUGAACUGCCAAAAGACAGCUCCAAUGACCUCACUAACAUAACUCUGAGGAUUACUACAAUUCUGGAAAAACCAUUCGUGAUGGAGCUACCGGACGUUGACCCCAACUCCAACGAUCGUUUCUAUGGAUAUUGUAUAGAUUUACUAAACGAAUUGAGAAAAAAUAUGAAGUUUGAUUAUGUCAUUGAUGUUGUACCAGACAAGACCUAUGGUAAUAUAGACCCCUACACCAAGGAAUGGAACGGUAUGGUGAAACAACUACUAAUUGGAAAUGCUGACAUAGCGGUGGCGCCCUUUACAAUCAGCUACGAGAGAGAGCAAGUUAUAGAUUUCACCAAACCUUACCUAGACUUGGGUCUCACAAUACUAAUGAGCAAAAGUAAAAAGGAAAGUGGUCUCUUUGCUUUUCUUGACCCAUUCCGUAUGGAUUUGUGGCUUGCAGUGAUAUUGACUGUUAUCUUGGUCGGGUUCCUUAUUGCUGGUUGCAGUUAUUUUAGUCCUCACGGAUAUUGUGGUGAAUAUAUUCAAAGUCCAGAGCAGAAGAAAGAUGAGUUUGUCGACCGUAACAGUAUGAACCUAUACAAUGCCAUGUGGUGGUCAUUUGCAGCGGGCGUCCAACAGGGAGCCGAGAACAACCCAAAAUCGUUGGCUGGACGCAUUGUUGCCACGUUCUGGUGGUUAGGUGUCACCAUCAUCAUUGCAACGUACACGGCUAACUUAGCCGCGUUUCUUACCGUUUCAAAAGCUAGUGAAGGUAUUAACUCGAUAGAUGAUCUGUCCAGACAGACAGACGUUUCGUAUGGAACUGUCGCCGCUAGUCAGCCACAGUCAUACUUCGAAAAUGCAAAAGUUGAUCCGUUCCUGAGGGCGUGGCAUUACAUGGAGAAAGAAAAUUCGUUUGUAACGACAGCAGAGGAAGGUAUACAGGCUGUCCGUGAUAGCAAAUACGCUUUCAUAUUCGACUCCGCUGUUCUUGACUAUGAGGCUAACAUAGAACCCUGUGAUGUCCGAACUGUAGGCCGUCUUUUUGGAAAGAUUGGAUAUGGUCUGGGACUUGCUCGUAAUUCACUUUACACGGAACCAUUUAGUUUGGAGAUCUUGAAGCUUCGACAAUCAGACUUCAUGGACGGACUCCAGAAGCGGUACUUCUCAGGGGGAUGUGACGGAGCUGAUGCAAAAAAUACACUGCCCAGUAAAAUUGGCCUUCGUCAAAUGCUUGGAGUCUUUUACUUUUUGUUUGCUGGAAUUGCCAUUGCAAUAUUACUCCUCAUCAUUGACUGGAUCAUAGCCUCAUUCAAGGAAGCUAGAAAUUCUAGACGGAGUACAGGCCUAAAUAGUAUUUCAAUGUGUGGAGCAUUAGGGCGUCGGCUGCGUGUCACAAAGAGAGACCUUUUAAAAUCAUGCAGUUCGAGGGAAAACGAUCACGGUGAAGAUAGCGAUUAUGAUCAGGGUGUCCAGUUAAACACGGCCGAACAGUACCGACAUAAGGACAACACACCGGUGUACGUUGGAAGUGAUGAUGUCAGAGCCGGGGAAAAGAAUCAUUAUGGCUUCAACCAUCAAACAUCAGAAAACACCCUUUGAAAAAUAGCAUGUGACAUAGGUUUUAUUUUGUAAUUUGAGUUAACUCGAGGUUACGUUGUUUGGACGAUUUGUGGAAUGAAGAUAAAAAGAAGUCAGGUUUGGAGGUGAUAAACCAACUGCAUUAACCUCUGAGACGUCAAUGAGUAUGACGUCAUAUGGUGAGACUAGCAAAAAACAUGUCGUGGGUCAUUUGAGAAUUUAUUUUAAAUAAACAUGUGACUCUAUUGACCAAUGAGAGUAUUUAUCAUUCUGAUGUCAUAAGUACUUUGUCAAACAAGAAGAUAUUAUGGUAACUGGAAGGGUUGAAAGUGCAAAGUUUGGUGGUAGCAGAAGCUCAGAUUUUGUUUAAGUCAUAUACAGUAAAUGGAAUCUAACAAAUGACAUAAUAGUAUAUCGUACGGUAACUGGAAGGUUUGAAAUGUAAGAGUUGGUAAUAACAGAGGUAUCGGUAUUUGCUUAUUCACUGAAAUGUAUAAGCCUAUGGAAUGGAUCUUUGUGAGAAAACCGAAGGCGUAUAGGAAUUUACUAUUAAUUUACUACAGUAUAUAUAGGCCUAAUUUGAAGACUAUAAAGUUGCAACAGGUGCGUAUGGUACGGUAAGUUUGAAUUUUAGAAAAUGAAUGAUAUUAAAUGUGACAUGAAUACUAAGUUAAAACUUGAGAAUUGAUUGUCAAUUUCAACCUCAAUUUCGGUUCAUUUGCAUAAACAAUGAUGAAAAGAUUAGCAAAUGACGCGCAUGUCACCUUUUGAUGAUAAUCUGGAAGCAUUGGUAGGUGUACGAUUAUAGUCACCAGUUUUGAUACGACCAGAAUUCAGAAACGAAUAUGUUUCUCUGUGUUCUAUGAAGCAUAAAGGUACUGUAAAAUAUACAUUGUCAGAGAGUAAAUCAGUCUACUGUAUGUUUGAUAGCACAUUACACAGAUUUCAAGAAAAGCCAAUAUCCACUGUGGUCGGUAGACAUUUUAAAUGAACAUAAUGGAUUUUUGCACAAAAUAUUGUUUUCACGAAACUUGCCAGUUUCCAAUUUUCGAGAUUUUGUUAAAUGAAUUUUAAUUUAAAAUUGGUACAAGAUUUACCAGAUAUAAUUUAGUUUUCUAUAUAAUUUUGUUCAGAAAUCGUCAUGUAGCGUUUUACACAACAUAAGGCCUUUCGAUUGCGGACUUUCACCACUGCCGUUUAUUGCUUCGAUUGUCUGUUAUUUGAAGUUCUUUUAAUUUUCAGCAAAAGACGCAGUGAAAACAUGCCUACCAACUGCCAGUUUUCAAGCUCAGUAAUUUUCUGAAGCACAGUAUUUGCACUUUUCAUAUUUUCGAUUGUCUUUUUAUUAAAAUUGUAUUAUUUUUUAAGUAGAAUUUUACUUCCCAGCUACUGUAUUCCAUGUUCUAUAUUGAAACUUGGAAAAGUCACUCUAAUCUUCCAUCACUCAACAUGCCAAUUACCAAUUCUCGAGUUAAAUAUUCUUAAUUUUUAGAACUUUUUGGCAUCUUCGAUUGUCUUUGAAGUUUGUUUAGCAAUCGUACAAUCUUUCAUUGUUGGAUUUUUCAGUAAUCGUAAAGUAAUGUUUCUCAAAACAUACUUAAACGUCAGUUUAAUAUUUCAACUUUCAGCACCUUUGGUAUUUUUGAUUAACUUUUACUGCAAUUAGUGUUACAUGAAACAUGCCAAUUGACAAUUUUCGAGUUCAUUGUUCUUAACUUUAGGAACGUUUUAGCAUCUUCAUAUCUGUCUUGGCAAUUGUAUAAUCUGCGAUCAUCUACUCAGUAAUCGUGCAAGUCUUGUUCUCCAAAACAUACUAAAAUGUCAUUUUUCAAGUUCAAUAUUUGAACUUUUAGCACUUUUUGUUUAAGUUUCUCCAGCCACAAUACAAGUAGUGUUUCACAGCACAUACUGUUUAUUUGUUUAUUGUUGUGCAUCUUUGAUAGUUUUUUUUUAAAAUUUUAAUCAGUAAUCGCGCGUACAAACUUUCUGAAAUCUACCAUUUGAUUUGUUUAUAUUGAUGCCGAUCGCUCUUUUCUUUUGCAGAAAUUCGGAUUUCUCCAUAGGCUAGAUAUAUUUAUAAACAGUAACUGUAAACACAUGUUUUUCUUAUAUAUGUAGAUAUUUAUCCAAUAUAAUAUUUAUAUAAUUUACCUGUCAAAUCUCCUCGCAAAAAUGUACAUAAACAAUUUACUAUCUUUCAAAUGAUGAAUAAACAAUAUACUAUUUAUUUAUGGUUAAAAAUACUUCGCUGGACGAUAUUAAUUAAGAGUAUUUUGAUCGUGAGAAGUCCUGUUGUAGUUUUGUUUUGUUUUAUUGUGUAGGCUACUCUAGAUAAUACCAUUAAAUAUGUAUAGUAAUGUUUUUAAAUUAGUAACACAGUGUAGUAUGCCAAUAAAAGGCAAGUAUGCCA